GCGAGCGGGCCCUGAGCGCUCCCGGGGGCGAGCGGCCGCGAUGGGGAAGGCGGCAGGCGACGAGGCGUACUUCCAGAGGGGCAGUCUAUUCUGGUUCGCGGUCAUCACCCUCUCCUUUGGCUAUUACACGUGGGUUGUCUUCUGGCCCCAGAGUAUUCCUUACCAGAGCCUCGGGCCCCUGGGCCCCUUCACUCAGUACUUGGUGGACCAUCAUCACGCCCUCCUGCACAAUGGGUACUGGCUUGCCUGGCUGAUUCACGUGGGAGAGUCCUUGUAUGCCAUGGUAUUGUGCAAAAAUGUCUGUGUAUGAUCCCCUGAAAAGGAGCUUAGCCCCUGACCAGGGCUGAUGAUUCUCAGUCCUAGUUUUACAGCUGAGUCACCUGAGGAGCUUUUUCAAAAUACACAAGCCUGGUUUCCAGACCCACAAGAUCCCGGUUUGCUCAGCCUUGCUUCAGACCUGGGAAUGUUAUUUUUACAAGCCCCACAAAUAAUUCUGGGGUGCAAUGCAAGCUAAAAGCCCCUGGAUUAAACAUCACUCAGUGGAUGCCAGUGUAGGCUACUACUGUGUGAAAGUACUAGAAAAGAUUCUCUUUACAUUUGUACUUCAUGUAGCAUAUACAGAAAGGAUGGUGUAAUGAAAGAGGUGGUUAUAGUGAUGCCAAAUUGCUUUGCAGUUUAUUUUCUUUCUAGUCAAGAUUAACAGUCGCCUUUAUUAUUGCUGUAUUAUUUCUAAAAGUGGAAAAUGUGGUACUAUAUUACUACUGUGUUUUAAUAAUAAAAAUAAUAAUUCUUGGGUACACACUUGCUCUGAAGCCAUCGCAGUGCUGUUUAACCCAUCCACUCAUCAAAAUCAUGUGAGAAACAGUUUUAUGAUACAGCUCUAGGCAGUAGCCAGGCUGCUUCUCAGGGAAGAGUGUACCAUCCUAACUGCACAAGGAAAAUGAAAAUAAAUGAACUAACCAUUCGAGGUAAGAAGCUGGAAGGAAGGGCAAGAUAAACCCAAUGAAAGUAGAUAGAAGAGUACAUUUUUAAAAAAUAGAAGAUAAUAACUAUGAAACCAUAAUAUUAAAAUU